AUGUCUUCUUCCAGUCCUAUGUUCAAAGCCGAUGGCAUCUCUAGAAACCAAACACCUUCCCAAGAGGAGGCCGAGGAUCUCCGUAUUGCCGGCUACGACCCCCUGCUGCCUCCCGCCAUUCUCCAACACGAAAUCCCUCCCACCGCUGUUGGUCUGGCCACUGUUAAGCGCGGCCGCAAGGAAGCCAUUGAUGUCCUCAAGGGCAAGUCUGACAAGGUCUUGGCUAUUGUUGGACCCUGCUCAAUCCACGACGCUGAUGCUGCUCUCGACUAUGCUGCUCGUCUUAAGAAGCUUUCGGACGAGAUUUCCGGCGAAGUUGUCGUUAUUAUGCGUGCCUACCUCGAGAAGCCCCGUACAACUGUCGGCUGGAAGGGUCUGAUUAAUGAUCCUGAUGUGGACGAGUCUUUCAACAUUAACAAGGGUCUGCGUAUCUCUCGUAAGCUCUUUACUGAUCUCACCAAUGCCGGUCUUCCCCUGGCCUCGGAAAUGCUUGACACUAUUUCUCCCCAGUUUUUGGCUGAUUUGCUGUCGCUUGGUGCCAUUGGUGCCAGAACCACAGAGUCCCAGCUUCACCGUGAACUGGCGUCGGGUCUUUCUUUCCCCGUUGGUUUCAAGAAUGGUACUGACGGUUCAGUCGGUGUUGCUAUUGACGCUGUCCAGGCUGCUUCCCACUCACACCACUUUAUGGGUGUUACCAAGCAGGGUCUUGCUGCCAUCACCACCACAAAUGGUAACGAUAGCUGCUUCAUUAUUCUCCGUGGUGGCACCAAGGGCACUAACUUUGACGCUGAGUCUGUCGCCGAGGUCAAGUCUAAGCUUGGCAGCAAGAACAUUCCUAUCAUGGUGGACUGCUCCCACGGCAACUCCAAUAAGGACUAUAAGAACCAGCCCAAGGCUCUUAACUCGGUGGCUGACCAGAUUGCCCACGGUGAGAACCAGGUUAUUGGUGUCAUGAUUGAGUCCAAUAUCAAUGAGGGCAACCAGAAGGUUGGUCCUGAGGGUAAGAAGGGUCUCAAGUACGGUGUUUCCAUUACUGACGCUUGCGUUGGCUGGGACACCACUGUCGAGAUGCUCAAGAAUCUUGCAGAUGCCGUUAAGGCUCGCCGUGCCCUUAAGGCUUAA